GCUGGGAUCAUGACCUGAGCCGAAGGCAGACACUUAACGACUGAGCCACCCAGAUUUGUAAGACUCCAGGGCCUUCAAGCUGUGAUUAAUCAGAUGGUUCCUGAAAUGACUAGGAAGACAGACGCUUUGGUGCCCAUCGAAGAGCGUAUGUCUGUGUAUAUCUAAGACCUCCUUUGUACACAUACACAUUGACACCAGAAGACAGGCUCAUUCUUGUGCACACUUGAAGAGUUUUACAACUGAUGAAAAUUAAUUUAAGAAUCAGAUGGAGCAACUUGACACUACUGGGCUCAGGAGCCCGGGGAGAAAAAUAUGUUACUAAUGGUCAGUUUUCCACAUGGUCUUCACGGGUAAAGAAAGUUUGCAAAAAGAAGAAAAAAAAACUUGCACAGUUCAAGCCUCAAAAAUACCUCUGCAGUUUAAAGAAGGAACUAAGUGAGAAGGUGGCCGGGGGAGAAGUGUGGUGUCAGGCAGCGCGGGCGGCAUCAUGCAGUGGGUUUUGCACUUUAUUUUCCAGUGUUUUUGGUGAUUUGGACAGACUUCAAAACUCUGGACUGAGAAGUAACUCUGGCUGUGUAUGACUUCAGGAAAGCAAGGAUAAUAUUUUAAAGUAGCAAUUGAAACCAGUAUUUACAAAAUAAGUAUCAAGGAACAUCCAAGUAAAGCUUCCUUUCCUUGGACUGUACAUGUGGCAUUUGGAAGCAUCUCUGAAUGUGAGCAGGAGAGCGCCCAUCAGCACAGCCUGCUGACUCUCUAGGGAAACAGUGCGGAAGAACCCAACUCUUGUCUGUUUUCACGUUAAGGGCUUCUCUUCCCUGUUGAGUCCAAGAAGACUUGCAUGUAGGAGGAAGAGUACUUGAUGUACUUAAUUCUGAAAAUAGUCUUUUCCUUCAAGAUGGAAAAAUAGGUAUCUUUAGGAACAGAAAGGGGAGAAGCCAGUAGGGGAGAGAAGAAGGAGACGGGGCAAAAGAGAUAGAAUCCUGUAGUGAGGCUCCGUUUUGUCAACGAGAGGAUUUAGGAUUCACCCAAUGCAAACACGUGUGCCACUUAAAGAGCUUUAGAACCUUCUGGCUCUGUGAGCGAAGGGGUUUUCUCUCUCCGCCUCUAUGGCACUGAAGAGUGCACCGGUCUGUGGAGGGCCAGUCAGAUGGAGCCCAGCUCUCUGCCAGGACACAGCAACCUGCCUGCUGGGAAGCCAGGCCGGGCCCUGAGGUGGGAAGUUUCUGGUUCAGAACAGUGGGGAGAGUCUUUUUUUCUUUCUGAACUUGGACUGCUGUCUGCACAAACUCUGGUCUGUUUUGCACGGUUUGUGUGCCUUUUUUUCCCUUUAUGCAAUCUUUUUCAGCUUCAGCAGCAGAAAUUUGUCUAGUUGAGAAAACAUGCCAGAGGGUGGCUUCAGAAGGAAGAUGAUCCCACGUGUUCUGUCUCUGCAUCUGAACUUUUGAAGAGAAAUUCCAGCUCGAGGGAUUCUUUAAAGCCUUAAGUUACUUGAAAUCUAUGUAUUUGCAACCCUUUGUCUCUGGAAUCAUAUUACACUAAACUGGAAUCUCAGGCUGAAUGAGAAUAACCAAGUUGAGUAAAAAGAAGAAAACCCCCUUUCUUGAUCAGCACGUGUUAAUGACACUCUUCCUCUAAGGACUUGAAAAUAAAAAUGGACGCAUGUUGUUUUUAAGCAUUACCUUUUCCUAGCAGACUGCCAUCAUCUUUUCUAGAGGAAUUUUUUCACUAUGCAUUUGGUGGCUCUUUAUAAAAUACUGACCUUGUAGUUAGAUUCAGGUCAGUCUUCAUUAAAAGGGGUCGGGGAAAAUAACGCAAGCCAACCACAAAAAUCAAUCAGUUGAUCCAUGAAAAGCAUUGGUUUAAGUUUUUCGGCAUUCAGCAUUACUUUUUAAAUAAAACAAUUCGCUGGAAAAAAGUAUGUAUGCAGCGGUGGAACAUGGGCCUGUCCUUUGCAGCGACUCCAACAUCCUCUGCCUGUCCUGGAAGGGGCGUGUUCCCAAGAGUGAGAAGGAGAAGCCGGUGUGCCGCAGGCGCUACUAUGAGGAGGGCUGGUUGGCCACGGGCAACGGCCGGGGCGUUGUCGGGGUGACCUUCACCUCGAGCCACUGCCGCCGGGACAGAAACACGCCACAGAGAAUAAACUUCAACCUGCGGGGCCACAAUAGCGAGGUUGUCCUGGUGAGGUGGAAUGAGCCAUACCAGAAGCUGGCCACGUGUGACGCAGAUGGAGGGAUAUUUGUGUGGAUUCAGUACGAAGGGAGGUGGUCUGUGGAAUUAGUCAACGACCGAGGGGCUCAGGUGAGUGAUUUCACAUGGAGCCAUGAUGGGACUCAAGCACUUAUUUCAUAUCGAGAUGGGUUUGUCCUGGUCGGUUCUGUCAGCGGACAAAGACACUGGUCAUCUGAGAUCAACUUGGAAAGUCAAAUCACGUGUGGCAUAUGGACUCCUGAUGACCAACAGGUGCUGUUUGGCACAGCUGAUGGGCAGGUGAUCGUCAUGGACUGCCAUGGCAGGAUGCUGGCCCACGUCCUCCUGCACGAGUCUGAUGGCAUCCUCAGCAUGUCCUGGAACUACCCUGCCUUCCUGGUGGAGGACAGCAGUGAGAGCGACACCGACUCGGACGACUACUCCCCUCCCCAAGAUGGUCCAGCAGCGUAUCCCAUCCCGGUGCAAAACAUCAAGCCACUGCUCACCGUCAGCUUCACCUCGGGGGACAUCAGCUUAAUGAACAACUACGAUGACUUGUCUCCUACUGUCAUCCGCUCAGGGCUGAAAGAGGUGGUGGCCCAGUGGUGCACCCAGGGAGACCUCCUGGCUGUUGCUGGUAUGGAACGGCAGACCCAGCUUGGUGACCUCCCCAACGGCCCUCUUCUGAAGAGUGCCAUGGUCAAGUUCUACAAUGUCCGCGGGGAGCACAUCUUUACCCUGGAUACGCUUGUGCAACGCCCCAUCGUCUCCAUCUGCUGGGGACACCGGGACUCGCGGCUGCUGAUGGCUUCAGGACCGGCCUUGUAUGUGGUGCGCGUGGAGCACCGCGUGUCCAGCCUGCAGCUGCUGUGCCAGCAGGCCAUCGCCAGCGCCCUGCGAGAAGACAAGGACGUCAGCAAGCUGACCCUACCCCCCCGCCUCUGCUCCUACCUCUCCACCGCCUUCAUCCCCACCAUCAAGCCCCCAAUUCCAGAUCCCAACAACAUGCGAGACUUUGUCAGCUACCCGUCGGCCGGCAAUGAGCGUCUGCACUGCACCAUGAAGCGCACAGAGGACGACCCGGAGGUGGGCGGUCCGUGCUACACCCUCUACCUGGAGUACCUGGGCGGGCUCGUGCCCAUCCUCAAGGGCCGGCGCAUCAGCAAGCUGCGGCCGGAGUUCGUCAUCAUGGACCCCCGGACCGACAGCAAAUCAGAUGAAAUCUAUGGAAACAGCUUGAUCUCCGCCAUGCUGGACAGCUGCAACUGCUCGGACUCCAGUGACGUGGAACUGAGUGACGACUGGGCUGCCAAGAAAUCCCCCAAAAUCUCCCGAGCUAGCAAGUCACCUAAACUCCCAAGGAUCAACAUUGAGGCCCGGAAGUCUCCCAAGCUGUCCCGGGCUGCUCAGGAGAUGUCCAGGUCUCCCCGGUUGCCGAUGCGCAAGCCCUCCAUUGGCUCGCCCAGCCUGACACGAAGAGAGUUUCCCUUUGAAGACAUCACUCAGCACAACUAUCUUGCUCAGGUCACGUCUAAUAUCUGGGGAACCAAGUUUAAGAUUGUGGGCUUGGCUGCUUUCCUGCCAACCAGCCUCGGUGCAGUAAUCUAUAAAACCAGCCUCCUGCAUCUCCAGCCACGGCAGAUGACCAUCUAUCUCCCGGAGGUUCGGAAGAUUUCCAUGGACUAUGUUAAUUUACCUGUCUUCAACCCAAAUGUUUUCAGUGAAGAUGAAGAUGACUUACCAGUGACGGGAGCAUCUGGUGUGCCUGAGAACAACCCGCCGUGCACCGUGAACAUCCCCAUCGCACCCAUCCACAGCUCCGCGCAGGCCAUGUCCCCCACUCAGAGCAUAGGCUUGGUGCAGUCCCUGCUUGCCAAUCAGAAUGUGCAGCUGGACGUCCUGACCAAUCAGACCACGGCAGUGGGGACGUCUGAGCACGGAAGUGAGAGUGCCACCCAGUACCCAGUCUCCAACCGCUACUCCAACCCUGGACAGGUGAUCUUCGGAGGUGUGGAGAUGGGCCGCAUCAUCCCGAACCCUGCUCAGCUGUCCCUGCCGCCUCCAGCACAGGGAGCGAUCCAGCUGUCGGUGGUGGACCAUGGAGACCGAGACCAUGACCACCUGCAGAAGUCCACCAAGGCCCUGCGGCCAGUGGCACAGCUGGCUGCCGAAGGGGACGCAGUUGUGUUCAGUGCCCCACAGGAGGUCCAGGUGGCGAAGAUGAAUCCCCCACCUCCCUACCCGGGAACCAUCCCUGCUGCCCCCACCACGGCGGCGCCCCCGCCCCCGCUGCCGCCCCCGCAGCCCCCGGUGGACACGUGCCUGAAGAAGGGCGACUUCUCGCUGUACCCCACAGCGGCACAUUACCAGACGCCCCUGGGCUAUGAGAGGAUCACCACCUUUGACAGCAGCGGCAACGUGGAGGAGGUGUGCCGGCCUCGGACGCGGAUGCUCUGCUCACAGAACACCUACACCCUCCCCGGCCCGGGCAGUUCGGCCACCCUGAGGCUCACCGCCACCGAGAAGAAGGUCCCCCAGCCCUGCACCAGUGCGACCCUGAACCGCUUGACGGUCCCCCGCUACUCCAUCCCCACGGGAGACCCACCCCCAUACCCCGAAAUAGCCGGCCCGCUGAUGCCCGGCCGGGGCGCAGCCCAGAGGCCAGACAGUCUCAUCCACGCCACGCUGCGCAGGAACAACCGCGAGGUGGCGCUCAAGGCGGCGCAGCUGGCUGAGCCCCCGCGGGCCCCGCCGCAGCACCCGCCCAAGCCCAAGGGCGCGGCGCAGUUCCCAGCGCGGCCCCCUCCGGCCCUGUACACCUGCAGCCAGUGCAGUGGCGGGGGCGCGGCGGGGCGGCCAGAGCCGGGCGGGGGUGUGGGGGGCGCGCAGCCAGGCUCCGGCCUGGCACACGCUGCCAGCACCUCCCCCCUGACCUCUCAGUCGUCCUACAGCCUCCUGAGUCCAACCGACGGCGCCCGCGACCGUGCGGACUACGUUAACUCGGCCUUCACCGAGGACGAGGCGCUGGCCCAGCACUGUCAGGUGGAGAAGCCCCUGAGGCACCCCGCGCUGACCGAAGCUGCUGUGGCCGUCAAACGGCCACCCCCUUACCAGUGGGACCCUGUGCUGGGGGAGGACAUUUGGAUUCCUCAGGAAAGGACAGCACAGACUGCAGUGCCCAACCCUCUGAAAUUGCCCCCUCUUAUAGUAGGUCAGAGCCAGCACCUGGAUGUGUCCCGAGUGCCCUUUGUCUCCCCGAAGUCUCCCGCCAGUCCUACUGCCACUUUCCAAACAGGCUAUGGGAUGGGAAUGCCAUACCCAGGAAGCUAUAACACACCCCCUUUGCCGGGAGUGCAGACUCCCUGCUCCCCAAAAGAUGCCCUGGCCCCCACACCGUUUGCACCACAGGAGUCCGCCGUGGUUCUGCAGCCAGCUUACCCACCCAGCCUCUCCUACUGCACCCUGCCCCCCAUGUAUCCAGGAAGCAGCACCUGCUCGAGUUUACAGCUGCCACCUAUCGCCUUGCACCCCUGGAAUUCCUACAGCCCUUGCCCGCCUGUGCAAAACCCCCAGGGCACUCUGCCCCCCAAGGCACACCUGGUGGUAGAGAAGCCCCUGGUGUCACCACCGCCCACCGACCUCCAAAGCCACUUGGGUACUGAGGUGAUGGUAGAGACCACAGACAACUUCCAAGAAGUCCUCUCCCUGACGGAAAGCCCAGUCCCCCAGCGGACAGAGAAAUUCGGAAAGAAGAACCGGAAGCGCCUGGACAGCCGAGCAGAAGAAGGAAACGUUCAAGCCAUCACGGAGGGCAAAGUGAAGAAGGAGGCACGGACUUUGAGUGACUUUAAUUCCCUGAUCUCCAGCCCCCGCCUGGGGAGAGAGAAGAAGAAAGUGAAGAGUCAGAAAGACCAACUGAAGUCAAAGAAAUUGAACAAGACAAAUGAGUUCCAGGACAGCUCCGAGAGCGAGCCCGAGCUGUUCAUCAGUGGGGACGAGCUGAUGAACCAGAGCCAGGGAAGCAAGAAAGGCUGGAAGAGCAAGCGGAGCCUGAGGACGGCCAGCGAGCUGGAAGAGUUCAAGUGCCGGAAAGCCAGUGAGAAGGAGGAUGGGCGGUUGGGCAGCCAGGGCUUCGUGUAUGUCAUGGCCAAUAAGCAGCCUCUGUGGAAUGAAGCCACCCAGGUGUACCAGCUGGACUUCGGGGGGCGGGUGACCCAGGAGUCGGCCAAGAACUUCCAGAUCGAGCUGGAGGGGCGGCAGGUGAUGCAGUUUGGAAGGAUUGAUGGCAAUGCGUACAUUCUGGACUUCCAGUACCCCUUCUCAGCUGUGCAGGCCUUUGCGGUUGCCCUGGCCAACGUGACUCAGCGCCUGAAGUGAAAAGACUGGUCUGGGGCAGAGAGAGAGGCAAAGGAGCCUUCUCAGAGAGGUCUCCUCGCACUGCUCGAGGAGUCCCCCGGGGCCCCAGGUGCCUGGAGACCAGAAGACAAGAGCAAAACUGGAAGAAUCCGUCAGGCCCAUGAGAGGGGACUGACCUUUAAUUGUUGUCGUUUGUUUGGGCUUUUAUAAUCCUUAUUGUUUCUCUUUCUUCUUUCUUUUUAAACAAAAAGAGAAUACAGAAGGGUAGUAUUUGGAAGCAGAGGGUGUGAGGCACCUGGUGUUCUUUUAGGAAACACGGUUGCUGCGGAAAUGCCCUACUGCGCUGCUUCUGUCAGCUGUCAAGACAAGGGGCCCUUCCGAAGGAAGGCAGACUGCCAUCCCACCUGCUGUUCUUUUAGACCAGGGAUUGUGCAUUCUUUCCGUUCUCCACACAUCUAGCUUUAUUACUCCCCCUUCUCAUAACCACUAGUGUGAAAACAAAAAACUUUCUAAAAAGACAACCAAAAGUCCUGAAGGUACAGGUUCUUUUAGGGGGGACAUUGAAUUCACACACGUCCUGUUACUUCCCCAGAGUGCUCAGUUCGUGAAGGUGUUACGGCAACUGCGCUGUGUUUGACCCGUAGAAGCAGGCUGUGUCCAGGUGCUCUUAGCAGGUAUAAAUACAGUUUGCUCGUGCUGAUGCAGGAGGAAGGAGCUCCUGCACAUGGACCACGUGGGUGGCGUGCACAGUGUGACUGAGAUAGUACAAGGGCUCUGCACCUCUCUGGAGGGUGUUCGCUCUGAAGACCCCGCCAGUUCUAGAACAUGCCAGAAUUCCAUAGGUCAGUGAGGCCUGUCUUCGAGAGAAGGUGAGAGACAAAAUGGAGAGAUCCUGGCAUGUGGUGGGGUAGCGACCUUGUCACCUAGUGCCCUGGGCAGUCACUAGGCACUCACUUGCUGAAAAGCAACCUUUGUCCCCUCCCCCCCCCUUCUGUUGUUUAAUCUGGAAAGUGUGGCAGAAGGCAUUCUCCUUCCCAGAAGAAAAGUGUGCCACACUUUCUAAAAAUGCUGAGGAUAGUAAUUUGAAAGCACGUCUUUCUUCUUCUCAGCCACAUUAAAAUUCAGUUGAUUAGAGGUGUUUUCUAAUAGUUUAGAAAUGUAACAAAAUUGUAAACAUUUGCCAGGGUAUUAAAAGAUAGAGGUAUAGUCAUCUGUUUGAAAAAAGUCCCACAAUUGUAUCUAGGAGAAAAAAAAGUUCUUUAUUAACUGUACAGACAGUUUACUGAGGAGAUAAACCACUGGGAACACACUAUUAUAGUACUUAGCUGGUUAAUUACAAAAAAGAAAAAACCCAGAAAUCCCCCGAGAUUAUCUUUUCCCUCCUUCCUCCUCCUCCUCCUUAGGGGACACUUUGGGCAACAUUCAGCCCUGAUAACAAAACCCAGUUCGCUGUUGUCAGUUACUCAGACCUGGAUGUUUUUAGGGCAGGAGCGCAGGAACUGUCUACUGGCAGAGUGCCCUCAAUUUGGACUUUGUUUGGAGCAGACAAAUGAAAGACACUGUAGAAAAGUCUUUUGAAAGUAUGUAUUUUUACAUUCCUUGUUUUGGUUUAAAAACUAGAAAAGAAACUGGCCCAUUCCUUCCCCACAGCAAGACGACAUCACUCACCAUUCUCUCCAAACCCUGAAGAAACACAGAUGAGGACAUCUCCCAACUAACAUCCGAGUUUUCCAACUUUUAUUUUAAAAUAUUGAACCUGAUUCUUUGUGGGUAAAUUCUUUGAGAAAGAAUUGAGCAGUGUAUUCAGAAUUAUAUAAUUCUUUUAUAGGAGUUUCUGUAGCUUGGUAAGAUGUUUCAAUGCUUAUUAUUAGUUGUGCAAUAAUGGUUAUGGCCUAUUUCUAAAAUAAUUUAAAUGCAGUUCCCCUGUUUUGUUGUCCAAGAGAUUAUUUAUCUUGCUUUAAUAGUGUUCUUAGGAAUUAUUUUGUUACUAUGUACUGGUGAGUUAUGCCCAUUUUAUUUAUUUAGAAAAAUAGUGUGUUUGUAAUGAGUUAUUUGGUAGCAGCAUAUUUUGCUGCGAGAAAUAAAGAGGAUAUGAUAGAAGGUGUUUUUGCUGGACAAUUUGUAACUUUUCUAAUUGGGAAAAAAUUCCUAUUAAUCCUUUAAAGGUAAUUUUUUUUUGCAUUCUUUGGUAUUGAUUAUAUACAGAGGAGUCGAUUUCUUUGAGAUGACAUAUCCAAAAUAAUAUUGCCCCCUCUUUGAACAUUUUAUUUUUAAUUAAAAAUAAAAGGUGCUAUGAAAUGAAAAGAGGAAUGAGAGCAGCAAAGGAAGGCAUUAUUGUCAGUAAAUGUCCGUUUUCCAGAUUCUUGGAUUGGUUCUUAAGAUACAGAGACCAUGAGAAAAUACAUUUUAGAACUUUUCUUACUAAGAGCAAAUAUAGGGGGAAAUCCUUGGAAUAAAAACUGCAAAUACAUUUGUGAAGAGAAAGCGAGUAUUUGUAGCAAAUAAUUGAACUUUCUAAAUUCUGGGCUCACUUCCCAAAAGGCCUCUUCGGCACGUGGAGACAGGCCUCGUGUGGGGAGGUUUGCGGACCCGAGGGGCAGUAGCUGUGCAGCUCUGUGCUCUGUACUCUGGCCCAGGGGCGGAAACAGUCUCCUGCCACUCGUCCUUACACCCAUGUCCACGGCGCUCGUAAUGUGGUAUCUUUUAAGUUGAUGGUGCUGGUGUCGCUUAUUUAAAAAUCGUUUUCAUUCAGUCUCAAUUUAUUAAAUACUACUAAAGUCAGUACUUUAAACAGAAUUCUCUAUACUUCAUGUUUAUUAAUAGCAACUUAUGAAUAUUACGAUACCUCAUUGAAUCUCUAAAUUUAAAAACAUCAGCCCAGUCAACUACAUAAAGAAUCCAUCCCUUAUCGAGGGAAGCAGUGUAUUAACAUAUAAAGACCAAUUUUAAAUUUGUUUCAACUCUAAUCUCAUCAAACCAAAGGCACAGAUUUGUGUACAGUAUAUCCACUGAAUGUAUAUCCUAAGAAAAAUUGGUGCCAAGGAAGCAGGAAAAUGUCAAGGCUCUGAUGGCAGUGUCAGUCAGGAUUUUGCAGGUUAGUCUUUGUCCCCCGUGUCCAUUGCUCCCCACUUAAGUGUCCCAUGAGGAGAAGCAAAAACAUGUACAUUCAUCUUGUAAUCCUCUCGAUCCUGGGGUCAAGCCUGCCCUGCCACAAAGCUGGAGGGUGACCUCGGGCUUCCAUUUGUCCAUCUGUAAAAUGAAAGGGACGACCUGGCCUGGACAAAAUUCUCAACUCUAUCCAGCUGUAACAGCCUGAGGGCUCAAAAUGUGACCGUCUCCUCAUUCCACUGUACAAACUUGGAAGGUAUGUUUCAAAAUAAUUGCCUUUUUAUAGAGAAGAUUUCUUUUCCGGCAUUAAUGAGCUAUCUCGUGAAUGUAAACCGUGCAUUUAAAAUCGUCUUUAGCAGGUUCACCUCUAGAAACAAAUGCUUUCAGAAUGGUGUUUGUUCUCCCAAAUCACACGAAAGCACCAGUGCGUUUCAGGUAAGACACGGGAGCCUCCCCAUGCGUGUGCCCUGCUCGGCGGACACCCUGGAGAACAGCCCUAAAAUAAGUCACCCUUUGCCCCCGCAAGCCAUAGAGUGGGUUGAAAAAAGAACAAAGGAGUCCGUGCCCAGGCUGACGUGAAUUCUUGAGUGUCUCCUGCAGUGUUACAUUAUCUGCAAGUUGAAAACAUUUUUUGAAAGGAACCCAUUGUGUCCCUCUGUGGGCCAUCUAUCCCUUGGCCAAGUCAAUAGUUGUGAACAAAGUUAGUUGAGACAAAAUGUGUCAGAACUGUUCUUUGAGCUCCUGGGAUUUUGUCGUCACACACGAUUCAGAUUUGUCACCGUCUGUGUAUCCCUUAGCUCUGGCUGAUGGAAACUCCAAGGGGUUGUGGCUUAUUUUGUUUUCAUUUCUUUGGCUUUGUGCAAUUUUCUUGUAAUUUGUACCAAUAUUUUCUGUUUACAAGUUCUUUUAAAGGGGAGGGGUAGGGUUCUAAGAUCUCGUUGUUUGUUGUAGAUAAAUUUUUUUUCGUGUUGUAGAAAAGCAUGGGUUAUGCGUUUGACUGAAAAAGGCACUGUAUUAUUUACCAAAGGGGUAUUGUUUUUGCAUUUGUUUAUAAAUGCAUUAUUUUGGUACUGUAAAUUUGGACAUGAUUUCUGAGUUUAUUACUACUGGCAUUUUCUUUUUCCUUUCUUUCUUUUUUUUUUUUUAAACUGUAAGUGCACGAUGCAGGUGCACAGGUCCCAGACCAAACCAGACCACCAGCAUGUUCUUAUCCAAAUCUUGGGAAUAGCACGCUGCUGUGUGCGCCUCAGUCCUACCGGUGUUGCUUUGUUUUUCAGUUCCAGCAUCCUGCUUUGUUUUACUUUCCAAGCAAGAUCUGUUGAGAUUCCCACUUGCAUUCUAACGAGCUCAGCCUUAUUUGCCUCUUUUCUGAUGUAUUUUGUGUAUUAGAUUGUGUGGGAGGUAUUCUAGAAGGCAUUAAUGGUUUGCAUUCAAAAUGACGUGGUUUGUCCAAAUUAUUUCCUGUCUUUAUUAUUGAGAUGGAUUAAUCUCAUUUUUUUCUUGAUGAUUUGAAGUUGUAAAAGUUGUCCAGCUAUUGCUUAAUAAAAUUUUGCAGAUCAAAAAAAAAAAA